AUGAAUAUCUUUCGAGUCACGGGAGAUCUCUUCCAUCUCAUAUCCAUCUUCAUCCUACUGCAGAAGAUGCGAACAUCGAAGAGUUGCGCAGGGAUUUCGUUCAAGUCCCAGGUAUUGUAUCUCACAGUCUAUGUCACUCGGUACUUAGACCUUCUAUGGACUUUCAAUCACUCGACAUACAACACCUUGAUGAAGAUCAUCUUCAUCGCCUCCGCCGGAUACACAAUUUACCUGAUGAUGAAUGACUUUAAGCCAACGCACGAUCCAAACAUAGACACUUUCAAGGUUCAGUACCUGAUUGGUGGAUCGGCGAUUCUGGCAGUCCUGUUUCCGUAUAAGUGGAUACCAUCAGAGAUUCUGUGGACCUUUAGUAUUUGGCUCGAAAGCGUCGCCAUUCUCCCUCAACUUUUUAUGGUUCAACGAACAGGCGAAGCCGAAACUAUAACGACUCAUUACCUAUUUGCGCUGGGUGCAUAUAGGGCCUUGUAUAUACCGAACUGGAUCUACCGUUAUUUUAUGGAAAAUGGGCACGUCGAUCCCAUCGCUACGUUGGCUGGUAUCAUCCAAACAAUCCUUUACUCGGAUUUCUUUUACAUCUACUACACCAAGGUGUUUAAGGGUAAGAAAUUCGAGCUUCCGGUUUAG